UCGCCGGCAUUUGAAAGAUAAAACAUAUGUUUUUUUAAUCGACUGCCAAUUUUUACUCUAAUCACGUGUUUACGUGUCUUCUGAUCAGACCCUGGUCCUCAGGGGAUUGAGCAGUUUUAUUAACAAAGACUCGAUUUAGGUCAAUGGUGGCCUACAAUGGUGGCCAGAGGAAAGAGUUUGAGGAAUAAAAAUAUUUUAUCAAAACACACGAAAAGAGGAAGGGUAUUUUUCGAUUUUGUGCGUGCAUGUGUGCGUGUGUGUGUGCGCGCGUAUGUUUUUGUAUACGUAGUAGAAAAUUUCGAUUCAACUUUUUAUGCGAUAUAGAGAUCGAUACAAUCGAGAAACAACACAUCGAACAACGCCAUGUUUGUUGCGACGAGCGUCUCGCAGGAGUCCAAGUCAAGGCCAGUUUCGAUUGGUCGUCGCAGCGCGCAUACACGAGAGAACGCGCUGCUUGCCUUCUAUAUUUGUAACUACAGCACGACGUCUCUCGUACGCGACCGCCCCCGAUGAGUUUGAAGUGUUUGAACUUCAUUUUUCGAGUCGCGCGCCGUAGCCCGUGUCGUGAGAGCGAUUUUUUUUGGUAUCCCGUGAAAAAGGUUUAAACCGCGCGAGUUUUGUUGCCGUGCGAUGCUCUCGUGCUAAAACUCGUCGUCUGGUUCGAACGAUCUACUAUCGAAACCGGUGGUACGAUCACGUAGAAGCUCGACCUGGCAGCCGCUCGACUGCCAACUCGCGCUACUUAUGCCUAGAUGACCCACUGUACCGCGACUUUCUCCAACCCAAUUUUCAACACUGGCAACGCGUAGCUGUCAGCCUGCGGAAUUAUCGAGGUCGUCGUCGUCGUCGUCGUCGUCGUUGCCGUUAUAUCAUCGUCGUCGUGACAAAAGAAACCCUCGCGCUGUCGAAAGUUGUGAAUUAUUUGAUACACGAUGGGUAGCAGCAGUCAACUCUAUAGUCUAUCCUGGGGAGAGUUCAGUUCCUCUCUGACUUCUGCGGUACAGGUGUUAAGAGGACACGGCGACUUAGUGGACGUCACCCUGGCUGCUGGUGGCCGUAGUUUUCCUGCACACAAAAUUGUUCUCUGUGCCGCCAGUCCGUUUCUAUUGGAUUUGCUAAAGAGCACACCAUGUCAGCAUCCUGUAGUUAUGCUGGCGGGAAUUGGAGCCGAUGACUUGGAAUCAUUGUUAGAGUUUGUGUAUCGGGGAGAAGUCAGCGUCGAGCCGUCUCAGUUGCCUUCUCUGCUUCAGGCCGCUCAUUGUCUGUGCAUUCAUGGAUUGACACCACCAACCAUAGUAACAGAAAGCGGAGAGGAAGUUCCUGCGUCCGCGAUACCGGCUGCAAAUGACAGUUUGCCGAAGACAACGCUCAAUUCUUACUAUCCGUUGAAACGGAGAAAAAGGAGGAGGAAAUCGUCAACAUCUUCCGGAAAAUGGCCGAAUAAUACUAACACCGACAGUGAAAACAGACCUUUGGACGACGACAACAACAGAACGCUUUCUUACGAAAACAAAGACGAGGAUGUUGCAGAUCAAACUGAUGAUACAGCGAGUAACUGCUUGGCGGGAAACUACGCGAACAAUCAUCGGGGUCACUCGCCGCGAUCUCAAGAAUCGUCCGUUGCGGACAAUCAUCAUGCGUCUCAUCAGGAUCACGUUUCGGACAGCGAACCGCAGCUUCACACGUUGAUGCCAGUGCAGCCGUUUUCGUCGCUGCACAUACCUCAAUUUCCCAGCCUCGGCUUCGCGUCCGGUCUGACGCUGUCCAGUUUGGCGGCCGCCGCCGGCAAUCAGUCAAAAGCGCGCGGCGCGUCUGACUGUCCGGGUGUUUGUCCGCUUUGCGGCGCGACGCUGCGUCAGGCGAGAAAUCUACGCAGGCAUCUCUUGUCGUCGUGCAAACAUCGAAGUAGUUCAAUGACUGCGACAACAACAGCAAUGUCCGACACGAAUGUGGAAGUGAAAAGUGAACCGCUCGAGUCCGGCGAUCAAUCAAUGACUUACGGACUUGACAGUGGCAGUAACAGUUGCGAACAAAUAGUCUGCAAACCGAGCCUGCUCUCGCCGACGACGCACGAGUCUGAGGUCUCACCGCCGAGCGGCAUCCCGUCACCUACGGUCGCUAGAUAAAUGUACAGAGAGAAAGAAAGAAAGAAAGAGAGAAAGAGAGAGAAAGAAAGAAAGAAAGAGAGAGAGAAAGAGAGAGAGAGAGGGAGGGAGAGAGAGAGAGAAGAGAAAGACAGAGAGGGACUUAACGGAUUCAACAUGGAACAUUGUCGUCAAAAUCAUUUUGUCGAUUGUUCGUUUUUUUAUAGCUGAUUUUCUCACGGAUUCCGUUCGAUUGUCGCCCUUGAGACGGCGAUAAUCGAAACUGUGACUUUGUGAUUUAUAUACAUUAUUGAGUAUGAGCAUUCAGGAGAGAAGAAAAGCUGAAGGUCAUUACGUUAUUUUGUAUAGUUUCAGUUGUAAUAUUUAUACGAAUCGUUAAUUACUCAUAUAUACGUAUUAUUUAAGUCCAGACACAAAAAAUCUUCCGCCUAGAGUUUAAGGGAAUACUGUAGGAUUAAUCGAUACAAAUUCUUAAAUAUAGAGUGAAGAAGAAAGUGUUUUUUGUCAGAUAUUUUCGUUAUUCUUUUAUUGUCAGCUGCCGCGAUAAUCGUGCAACAGUGCAAUCCCUUGUUACUACAUCAACUCUACCCUGUGUACUACACACGUCGAGUACUACGUCUACCGCUCGUACGAAUUUUACCGCUCCUCUGAUUUGCUCGUCGCGCGGGAUAAAAAAAAAAUGGUCUAAUUAAAUCGCGUUUCCAAAACAACAUACCACUUGUUUUUACGAGAGGUACAAUAAUGAUGAAAACAAGAAAAACCUGAAAAGUCUCUUCCAAAAACCACCAAAGGUGAAAUAAUAAUCAGGCGCACAUUCCUAUUUUGUACCAACAAGCUCCGCUGGUGUACGUGAAAUUGGUGACAAUAGUGCAUAUACAAAGCAUACUAACGUGAAGAGAUAAGAUGAUGAUGUAUUUAUUCUGAUUUUCUUUUCUUGCAAAUAAAGUAUGUGAUAAUAUACAACACUGUGUUGUUGUGUCUCCAUGACAAAUCUAAUUUUGCAUCAACGUUGUUUUCGCAAUUACAUCCGCAAAAUCAUUUUCACACACACGUAUUUUAUUUGUCGUAUUUAUCAGAAACGAGAAAUAUUUGCGUCUUAGAGUUUAUUCGAAGAUCUGAGGCAAGGAGAAAAAUUAUGUAAUCGCGUCGAUCACGUCGUUCAAGAAUUCUCUUCAGCCUUCAUGGAAUUCG